AUGGCGUAUUGCAAUGGGUUUGAAAAUGCCAUUUGGGAAAACAGAAUUGAUGCAGAUGUAUGCGGCUCUCAGUGGAAAAAACUAGGAUCUUGGUUUAUAGGGACGUCAGGUGAAAAUGAGAGGGAAUUUCUUGAAUUAGCUUUGAAUACACUUCAACAAAAUAUCAAACCACGAAAAUACAUUCCAGAAGAUCCAUUACUUAUUACCCCUGAGGUGAAAUCUUCAGCAAUUUAUAGAGAUGAAAUGGCUAAACUGAAGGUGGAACUGAAGUUUCUGAAUGAGACAUUGGCUGAAUCCAUUCCGUACUCCAGUGUCCGGUACCAGGGUCAUAUGGUCUCUAAAACAACGAUACCAGCCAAAUUAGGAUUUCUGUCUGCCUGGAUGACAAAUGCAAACAAUGCGUGUGGAGAGAGUGGUCCAGUGACGAUACAACUGGAAAAGGAGGUUGGGAAACAAUUGUGUGACUUGAUUGGCUUUGACGUGUCACAAGGUCCAAGAGGAUAUAUCACAAGUGGUGGAUCGUCUGCCAAUAUUGAAGCUUUAUGGGCAUCCAGAAAUGUAAAGUUCUUCCCUUUGGCAGUCCAAAAAGCUAUUCGGGAAGAACCAACUUUAGCAGAUGUAAAGGAUCUAAGGGUGUAUAUUCCCAGAUUGGAUAGAAAACAGAAGUUGAUAUCCUGCUCAACAUGGGAUCUUCUGAACCUUAAACUUGAUGACGUCAUAUAUUUACCACAAGAAAUUGAGCGUCUGACAAGCAAAGACCACACUUAUUUUCAAGGUGAUAUAAACAAGUACAGUAUGGCUUACAAAGGAUUUGUCGAGUUCUUCCGACUGCACGACUUGAUCCAUUAUAAUUCGGAGAGUUUGUGUGAAUUCGAUAUGCCGCCCAAGAUCACCAUUCUACCCCCCAACAAGCGUCUGGGAAGAAUUCUUUCUGUUGUCGCCAUACUAGCUUUGUCCCAUCUUCGUACAUCAAACAAACCCUACUUAUCAGUGAAAAAGUGUUCCACAUCUGGAAGGGCCAUCGUCAUUGUCGCCGAGGCUAGUCAAGCUCUGCGGAAACGUCUAGAAGAAUGUUUAGUGAAGAAGGUCCCGAUUAUUGCCUUGAUCUGUGUAAUCGGCACGACAGAGCACGGAGCUGUGGAUCCUGUUGAAGAGAUUCUGAAAUUGAGAGCAGAGUAUAGGAAAAAAGGCCUAAAUUUCUACCUGUUAGCUGAUGGAGCCUGGGGUGGUUAUUUCGCGACCCUGAUGAGAAAGCCAGAGGAGAAAGACCACUUGUUGCCAGCCUUUCCUAUCAGUAAUUACGUCUGCAAACAGAUAUCCUGCUUAAAGGAUGUAGAUACAGUAACCAUUGAUCCUCACAAGACAGGAUAUUGUCCCUAUCCGGCUGGAGGUAUUUGUUACCGGAACGGACAAAUGAAGUCAGCCUUGGCUUUUGCUACUGAUAUGCUGCAUGGCACGGGUUAUACGGAUAGUAAUUGUUAUGGACUCGAGACUUCGAAACCAGGGGCAGCGGCGGCUGGUGUCUACCUGGCUCACAAGGUGAUCGGUCUGCACAGUUCUGGAUAUGGACGAAUUCUAGGACAGUCAAUCCUCGGCGCCAAACUGUUCUACUGCGCAUGGCUAACAGCAGCCAAUCCUGAUGACGAAUUUGUUUGUGUUCCUUUGAUCCCGAUUCCGGAGGCUUAUGAUGAGGAAAAAGCGAUGAAAUUUAUCCGUAAAAGAAUUCUACAUUCAUCUUAUGAGGAUAUAGUUCUGGAUAUCGAGGCGAUGGAUUUCCUUUCGGAGAUAGGUCCUGAUUUAUUCGUCAAUGCCUUCGCUGUUAAUGUCAAGGGUAACGCGUGUGUCGUCAAAUGUAACCGUCUAAACAUGGCCGUAUUCAACAGACUGUCACACACAGAUCCCAAACAAAGAAGUGUUUGUGACGUGCCACUGUUCCUGACAAAAUCGAGACUUUCCCAGAAAGAAUGUAGCACGAUAUUGGGAAAUUUUAAAGAACGUCUUGGGGUAUCAAAAGAAACAGCGGACGUUCUUGUCUUCCUAAAGAACACGGUUAUGAACCCCUGGACGGCGGCUGACCAGACAAUUCAGAUGCUGGUGCGACAUUUCCGACAAGUGGUCACUCAAUGCAUCGCAGAGAUUAACCAGACGGAAUAA